GCCCCCUCCGGGUGCGGGAAGCUGAAGCCGGGAAACAUGGUGGCUGCCUUCUCUUUCAGCAAGGGUUUGACUACCCUGUCAGGGUUGUUGCUUUUGUCCUUCGGCAGUUUGGCCGCUAGUCAGAUCGAGGAUCAAGCAGAACAGUUCUUUAGGAGUGGCCAUACAAACAACUGGGCUGUUUUGGUAUGUACAUCCCGUUUCUGGUUUAAUUAUCGACAUGUUGCAAAUACUCUCUCUGUUUACAGAAGUGUCAAGAGGCUAGGUAUUCCUGACAGUCACAUUGUUUUGAUGCUUGCAGACGAUAUGGCAUGCAACCCUAGAAAUCCCAAACCAGCUACAGUGUUUAGUCACAAGAAUAUGGAACUAAAUGUAUAUGGAGAUGAUGUGGAAGUGGAUUAUAGAAGUUAUGAGGUAACUGUGGAGAAUUUUUUACGGGUAUUAACUGGCAGGAUCCCACCUAGUACUCCUCGGUCAAAACGUCUUCUUUCUGAUGAUAGGAGCAAUAUUCUUAUUUAUAUGACAGGACAUGGUGGAAAUGGUUUCUUGAAAUUUCAAGAUUCUGAAGAAAUUACCAACAUAGAACUUGCAGAUGCUUUUGAGCAAAUGUGGCAAAAAAGACGCUACAACGAGUUACUGUUUAUUAUUGAUACUUGUCAAGGAGCAUCCAUGUAUGAACGAUUCUACUCUCCUAACAUAAUGGCUUUAGCUAGUAGCCAAGUGGGAGAAGAUUCACUCUCGCAUCAACCCGAUCCUGCAAUUGGAGUCCACCUUAUGGAUAGAUACACAUUUUAUGUCUUGGAAUUUUUGGAAGAAAUUAAUCCAGCUAGCCAAACCAAUAUGAAUGACCUUUUUCAGGUAUGUCCUAGAAGUCUCUGUGUGUCUACCCCUGGACAUCGCACUGAUCUUUUUCAGAGGGAUCCUAAAAAUGUCCUGAUAACUGAUUUUUUUGGAAGCGUACGGAAAGUGGAAAUUACAACAGAGACUAUUAGUUUGCAGCCGGAUUUAGAAAUCAUGGAAAGCAGAGAUAAGAAAGACUGGAUGGAUGAGGAACUAAUGGAACCACUGCAAUAUGCUGAACAACUUCCUGUAGCUCAGAUAAUACACCAGAAACCGAAGCUGAAAGAUUGGCAUCCUCCUGGGGGUUUUAUUCUGGGAUUGUGGGCACUCAUUAUAAUGGUUUUCUUCAAAACUUAUGGAAUCAAGCAUAUGAAGUUCAUCUUCUAGACGUGAUGUGUGAAGAAGAUGGCGUGGAAGACUGCAACCUUCGAUAAAAUUUUAUGUCAUGAUUUUUUUUUUUUUAAAGAUUUUAUUUAUUUGACAGAGAUAGAGACAGCCAGCGGGAGAGGGAACACAAGCAGGGGGAGUGGGAGAGGAAGAAGCAGGCUCAUAGCGGAGGAGCCUGAUGUGGGGCUCGAUCCCAUAUCGCCGGGAUCACGCCCUGAGCCGAAGGCAGACGCUUAACCGCUGUGCCACCCAGGCGCCCCUUAUGUCAUGAUUUUUAAACAAUACAUUGUUCGUGUGUGAAUUGGGCAAAAAGUAUAGGGAAACUAAAUUUGAAUGAACUGUUGAUUUUGUAACUUAAAGAAAAAUAACUAAUUGUACUUGGUUUUUGUUGUGCAUGUUAUUAAAAGAUGGGACAGAGAUCAGAGUAUAUUUAAUGGCUGUUUUUGAAAAUAAAAAUUUCCCCUUAAUAUUACCCCCUUUUCAUUGGGAAAGGAAAAAAAAAAAGUGAAGACAUUAAACUCUCGCUAGCAGAGGUAAUUUCUGUCAACAGUUUUGUGUGUGUUUUCCUGGUCUUUUUUCUAUGUACAUUUUCCCCCCAAAUAGAGUACAUAUAGAAUAUUUCAUUCUGUAACUUUACUUUUCAUUUUAUGGUAUGUUAACCCUUUCCCUCUUCUUGGACAAGUUUCAAAACAUGUGGUGAAUGGUUGCACCGUGUCCAUUUUGUGAACGUACAGUAGGUUAUUUAACACUCUUCUGUCGUUGGACCUACUUACCUUGUUCUCACAAUCUUCCUGUGGUUCAUUCUUCAGUGUGUUAGUAUUUUACUGUCAGCCAUUCAUGGAAUUCUGCAGCUUUAUAAGUAAAUAUAAAAAAAUCAGUUCCUUAACUUACAGUACUGAUAGUCUUUGGGACCUUAUUUGCUGUCAGUUUAUCUGGGAAAUGUACAGCCUUUGAGAAUUUCAUAUUAUUGAUUGCUCCAGAGAAAUAAACCCCAUCAUUUUUCAUUUCUAGGCAUUCUGUGAUCCUCAAGAAUUGAUUACUUCCUCUUCAUUUCCAUAUUGAAAGAGACAUUGUUUCAUUCUGUUUAAGGUAAACCUUGUCUGCUGGCUUGAUCUAUACCUUUCCUGAAAUAAUCCCAUAGAGUGGAUAACUGUCCGGGAAGUUCACGCGUAGGGCCCGGCCUUCAUGUUUGACUGAUGCGUCGCUUAAGGCGGAAAAGCUCUCUCUGGUCUCUGAGAUAUUGUAAGAGUUCACAUCUUCAUCACUGAUUUUAUUUAUUUAUUUUAUUUUUAUUUUUUAUUUUUUUAAGCUAAUCAGACAUCUUCCUAUCUUUCUCAUCACUGAAAAUUGUAUUGAGAUUGUGUUUUGCCAUCAGCCCUAGAUACUGGGGGGUUUUUUUUGCAUAUAAGGGGGGAAAAAAACUAUGAAAGUGGAGUAUUCAUGUCCCACAGGAUGCCUUUUUGUAUUUUAUCUGUUUUUUCCAAGAAUUUAUGUGUUAAUCUUUAUUCAUUACAAAGAUCUGAUUUAUAAUUAUAGGUAACAUUAAGAAGACAACUCUUCCUCCACAAUAAAACCUCCUAAAAUUAAUA